AUGAGGAGGAGGGGGUUCCUUCCUCUUCUUCCUCUUGUCCUGCCGGCACCGGCAGCUAGCCAUGGCCUCGAACGGGAGCAGCAGCACGGUGAGUCCGGCAACUCCUCUCUUGUCCCCAGAUCGGGCCAGCUAAGAAAGUGGAAUGAGCGCUGGGUCAUACUUGAUCCUACAACUGGAAAAAUAGAAUACAAAUACUGUAACUGCAGAGUUGUUUUCCUUUUUGCCAAAGAGGCGAUAUUGGAACUCCACAGAAAAAGGAAUACUUUCUUUGAGCAGAAACUCCCAGCGCUGCAAGAGCAUGAGUAUCCACUUUACAAGAAGGCCUUGCUCAACUACCGCACACAUAAUGGCAAAUCACGCAAUUUUUUACGGGAUGGAGGAGUAGACUUUCAUGGUGCGACUCAGUUGGUACUACAGGCUCAUAAGGAGGCCGUGAAUUCAUUGGGUGAGAAUGGUCCUGCAAAAUUGGGAACAGUUGCAACUGUUGUGGCUGUAGCCAAUGCCACUGCAAUUGAAGCAACAAAGGAGGUAGAGGCUGCAAUGAAGAUUUCCCUGCGGGCAACUUUGGGCUCAACUACAAAUAAACUUACCAAAGGCCAAUUAGAUGAUCUCACAAUAAUGAUGGAUAUUCGUGCACGUGAUUCUACCAUCAAUGAAAUUGAAGAAAAGUUACAGGAGACUGCAGAAGCAGCUGAAACUGCUGCUUCUGCAGCACGUUCAAUUGAUGAAGAGAGAAGAUUUUUUACGUCAGAACUUGAACGUUUUGCUUAG